AUGAUUUCGAGAUCGGCUCUCUCGAGAAGUGCGCAGCAGGCCGCCCGCCGGUCAGGCGUUGUGCCUCGCCGAGGCUUUGCUGCCGCCGCUGCAGCCCCCACCGGAUCGUACGAGACUGCCGAUAUCAACGGACUCAAGGUCGCUUCCAGAGAUACUCAGGGACCGACCACGACGCUGGCCGUUGUUGCCAAGGCCGGAACUCGUUACCAGCCUCUCCCCGGCCUCACCUACGGUCUGGAGCAGUAUGCUUUCAAGACCACUCAGCGACGAUCUGCCCUUCGCAUUGCCCGCGAGUCCGAGCUUCUCGGAGGCCAAUUGACUGCCUCUCACACCCGUGAGGCCCUUGUCAUCGAGGCCAGCUUCUUGCGCGACGAUUUACCCUACUUCGCUGAGCUCCUGGCUGAGGUUGUGUCCCAGACCAAGUAUACCACUCACGAAUUCCAUGAGGAGAUUGAACGAGUCGUGCCCUACAAGAAGGCUGCCGUCAACGCCGAUGUUGCCGGCCUUGCUCUGGACAACGCUCACGCUGUGGCCUUCCACUCUGGUCUCGGUGCCGCCUUGAAUCCCUCUCCUUCUGCUCCCUUCAACAAGUACGUCAACGAGGAGUACAUUUCCAGCUUCGCCGACGUCGUCUACUCCAAGCCCAACAUUGCCGUUGUCGCCGAUGGCGCUGGCGCGCAAUCCGUGUCCAAGUGGGUCGACCAGUUCUUCAAGGGGGUUCCGGCUGCGGCUCGCAGCGGACAGACUCUCAAGACUGAGGCCACCAAAUACUUUGGUGGUGAGCAGCGAACCAGCCACGCCUCGGGCAACUCGAUCGUGAUUGCUUUCCCCGGCUCAGACAGCACUGGCUCCAAGCCCGAGAUUGAGGUUCUGGCCACCCUGCUCGGUGCCCAGCCCACCAUCAAGUGGGCUCUUGGCUUCAGCCUUCUGUCCAAGGCUACUGCUGGAACCCCUGGCGUCUCUGUCGCUUCCGCCAACCAGGCUUAUUCUGAUGCUGGUCUCCUGACUGUCCAGCUGACUGGUGCUGCUGCCUCUGUUCGCAAGGCCGCUGAGGAGACUGUCAAGGCCCUGAAGAGUAUUGCUGCCGGUACCGUGAGCAAGGAGGACGUUGCCAAGGCCAUCGCCAACGCCAAGUUCAACCUUCUGGAGAAGGUUCAGACCCGCGGUGCCAGCGUUCUGCAGGCCGGCUCUGGUCUCGUCAACAACGGCAAGGUCCAGGACCUUGUCGCCCUGUCUAAGUCUCUCGAUGCUGUUACCGCCGAUAAGCUGAAGACCACUGCCAAGACCCUUCUCGACGGAAAGGCCACAGUCUCUUCCGUUGGCGACUUGUUUGUGCUGCCUUAUGCUGAGGAGCUGGGUCUGCGGGUAUAG